AUGCAAUCUACACCAUCAGGGGCGCAGUUAGGAACAACCCUCUUGGACUCCUGGACUACUGGGACAGAAUGCAAAAGGAUCGACUUUCCCCAGGUUAGCUUUGUUGUCAUUGUUGUUGUUUGUUUGUUUAAUACUACGAUAAAAUAGUGACGAGAUAAAACCGAAUACAACAAAUAACAUUAUUCGCCGCAGCGACUCUGGACGUAAAAAUUAAAGAUUAACCCUUUAAGCCCUAAGAGUGAUAAUAUCAAUGCUUUGUAACACAGUGUGGUCAUGAGAAUUAAGGACAUGAUCACACGAGUUGAAUGAUGAAUCUAAUUGAUACUUCAACAAAUUCUCCCCACUACUUCUAUUGAAAACGUAUACGGGUAACACACGAGAAUUUGAAUUUUUAAAAAGGGUUAAAACGGUGAGGGAUUUUCUGCGAUCGAGCAAGUGUCGAGGUGGGCUGGCUUAAGCUGGCUUAAUAGCCAAGUGAAGUUUAAAACGAACUCUACUGUAAGCCAGGAAAAUGGGCAGCUCCAGAUUUAUUUACCGAAGUGGAUUAAAUGGUUUCAUUUUGUUGCUUUUGACUGCGCGAUUUAUUAACCCCUUAAACCCUGACGUAUCAAUUGGAUCCAUCUUGUGUGAUCAUGUCCGUAAUUCUCAUGACCACUCUGUUUUAUAAAGUAGUGAUAUUACAAGGAGAAAUUUGACGCUGAUCACUCUUAGAGCUUAAAGGGUUAAUCUUGCUUGAGAUGUUUCGAUGUACAACAAUGUUAUUGUGCAUGCAUAACGCCAUGUUUAUAUAUGGAAUUCGGCCACCCCGGCCUUAGCCGUAUCGGGUACUUGGGACAGAUGUCAAUCCGAAAAAAUAAAUUUUGUUUCUAGUUGUUUUAGUGGCAUAUUAUGAAUAUUAAGUUGACACUUGACACUGAGUCCUUGAAAUCUUAGCCGGAUGUUUGAUGUUUGAAUAACUUAACCCUUUCAAGACUAAAUUUAAGGCUGUUGAAAUACUGUCUUUUAUCAAUUAUACAAACUUCAGGAUUAUUAAAUGUUGAUCGACAUUCCCGUUUUUUAUAAUAUUUUCAGUCUUAAAGAGAUAAAUGCAUAAAAAGUAAAACGUUUCUUAACAUUUUUUUUAAAUCUAAGGAAUAUUGUCUUUUACUGAAUGCCCCUUGGCAAAUUUCGCUAAAAAUUAAUCUGGCAAUUCCCCAUAAACCAUUUUAAGGUAAACAUAUGAAUAAUAUUUUCAGAAAACAAAAUGUAAUUUCAUCUUCACAGUGCUGGCAUUUCUGGUAUUUUAUUUUGUUUUGGAACAGUGUGUACUUCUGACGCUUUUCUAACAUCGAAGAACUAUAAGUCACGUGAACUAUAAGUGUACAUUUUCCCGUAUUAUUUACACCAAGUGACUUAAGAGGCUUCAAUUAAACUUCCACUUAAAUUUUAUCAAUACUUAUCCAUAAAAACAUAUUCCAAUGACCUAUCCCUUUGAUUUAAUUUACAAGCAAUCACUCAUUCUAUUUAUAGUCAUUACUAAACACUGGUCAGUCAUUAAUUCCUAUUUAUACGUAUAAUCUACUUAUUGUCAAUUAAAUGUAGUAACUGUAUCCUGUUGUCUUGCCAGGAGCGAAGCGUUCAUAUCCGCACACAAGCCCGUGCGUACAGCUGAAAUCUUUUUUAGUACCUGAAAACACUUUUUCAUAAAACCCCGAUGACAGAUAAUUUUUUUUUGCAUUAUAUUGGAGCCCUUUUUUUAGUAUUUUCUUCCUCCUUAUUGUUCUAUCAACGGCUCACUGCAAGAAACGUUAUAGUGGGGUGAGAGACGAGAGAUUAAGCUCUCUUGCAAUUCUGCACAUAUACAAGCACAAGGACGUUAAUUGAUAUUGAUGGCGUUGUAACAGAGUUUGCCCGUCUCAAGGGUUGCCGUCUUGCCCUUUGCUUGUAACCUCUUUGAUUGCGUUGCAGUUUUACUUUUUUCCCGGUAACAUUAAUUACCAAUAACAAUAGAGAUGGGUAAAAAAGCAACUAACUACUGCAUUUUUCCCUCGUAUUUAUCUACCGAAAAUAUUCCGAGGAAAACGUAGGAAAUGGCCCCCGGACUCCCCUAGUUUGAAGCGCCUUCGGUACAUUAACUUACCUUCCCAGGUGCGCACACCUUUAAAUCUCACACCAUUCCAACUACCUCGUCAGCUCGCUACUAUUCCUAAUUUAUACGUUCGUUCUGAUUUCUUCCUAGCGUUUCCAGUCCGUUCCAACUAUACUUGUGACUCCUAGUCACCAGGUUCCAGAGCGACCUCAGGAUGCCAUGGCCCUGUGGGUGGAGGAUUUGACCCAAAGCAGUUUCAAAAUUUGCCUCCGAGAAAUAAAGAUUUUCGACGGUUUUCAUCAGAAUAUUAAAGUUGUGAGUAAAUUUGACGUGCUUGUCUAUAAUUGAAUUCCGAGUUCUUAAUAGAGAGGGAGGGCUUAUUAACUUUCUUCCGCUGAGAGUGCGGGCUUAUUAGAGGAAGGGGGCUUAUUUGAGAGGGGGGGCUUAAUAGAGGAUUUACGGUAAACCCCACUAAAAUUUCUCUUCCAAACAUUAAAAUGCUCUCUUUCUAUUAACCUGUUCUAGGCGUUUAGAUGGUGGCGGACAGCGAGUUCAAUCGUACGCCCGCGCCCUACAAUCUUAACGCGUGAAACACUCAGGCUAUCUUUCUAUAAAUGGAGAUGUAUAUGGCGAGAUGUAAGAUUUGGUCACUAACUAAUAAAGCAAAUUGUUUAUUUUCACAACUGGUAUAGACAGGAGAAAUCUAACCACUACCCACUUUUCUGUCCGGCUGAGCUAGAGAGGCCUUAUAACCUGUUUACUUGUAGGUCAACAUUCUUCUUCGUUUUUGAAAUGAUAAUCCGACGUCCUUUUUCAUAUGUUUUUUUUUUAAGCAGAACUGGAUGGCAUUUACCAAUCUGAGGGUUCAAAAUUUUACUUUGGCUGAUAGUUUGACAUUUACCAACAACAGAUCGUUAUCUCGAUCGCAAGAUAACUUCGCCCUUUGUCAGGUAUACGUAAGAAGUUAAAAGGUAACAUUUUUAAAUUGCACUGUUUUGCAAUGUCCAUUUGAAUUGCAUUCGUUCUCUUAUAAUCGAAUGUGUCUGAGCAUAGCUUGAUAUUAUUAUUUGUUUGUUUGUUUGUGUGUUUGUUUGUUCGUUUGUUUGCAACAUAGCUGCCCAAAUACUUCUUUUAAAUAAUUCAUUGCUUUUCUUUACCAGAACAUCACCUUCGCAGAUCCGUUCUUUGCCCCUCCGGUGGUGUUAAUAACACCAAAAUACGUUUAUAGUGGCAACAAUUUGCUUUCUGGUUGUAACGCAGUCACCACCUGGGUUGAGGUAAGAUUGUUGUUAACUGCAAAAAAUGCACCGCCUGAUGAUAAAAAAAGCAUGUUCACGUUACAUGUUCAAGAAUUUUUUAGUAAGGUAGGAGAUCUCGGUGCACACCAUGUUAUAUAUAUUAGAAUAUACGAGAUUUAUAGGACGCAACUUUGACGAUACUGGACUACAUGAUUAUUAUAAGAAAAAAAAAAGAAAAUUAAUCGAAUAUUUUAUUUCAUUUAAAGAAUUCAACCAAAACAGAUACAAAGAUCUGUGUACGAAACUACGAUAGGAUCAGUAACAAUACAAUUAAAGUCGACUUCCUGGUUAUUGGAGGUAUGUAAAAAUACUUACUUAGUACAAAGAAAUGAGAAUAAAAAGAGCUGUUUGUCAUUUAAGAUAAACAGGCAGAUCCGUUUUAAAUUCAAGCCUUUAUAGUUACGUGCACACCGUAUUUUAAAGACUGCGAGGCCUGCGCAAGAAAGGAGAUUGGCCUCACGCGCGCUUUUGUGCUGCACACCCCGACCAAGAAUUUCCCUACGAAAGACCCCCCGAGAAUUAGAACUUAUGUGUAAUGGAAGAGCCGCCUGGUGGAAACACGAGACCAACUAUUGAAAAAGGCCUAUUCUAUUGGUCUUGGUUAUAUCUGGCUUGUUGUGUUAUGUUUGUGAGAUUUAGUAAGCGUUUAAUGAAUGACGCGCAGGACAAAUUUUCCAGAAAAAUCGGUGCGUCAGGAAAAAGGUAUAGGCCUAGAUACAUUUGUACAAUUUAUGUAAACUGUAUCUUUCACUUUGCUGUUGUUGUUUCAUCGAGCUUAGACUUAUGUGAAACGCGAUUUUUGUACACUCCUACUAGAUCUGGAUCCUUGUCUGGACGUAACCUGUGAUUACCACUGUCUUUGUAAGGCUUUUGGACCAUACGAUGCCCGCUGCGUGCACGCAGAAAACUGUCCAUCCUACCAAGAGCCCAUAUGUUCCUCCAACGGAACGACGUUUGAUAAUAGGUGUCUCUUUGAACAGGAAAUGUGUCUGUUGCGACUCAACUACUCUGUCCAACAUCCCGGAGGUUGUGAAGGUUAGCAACUCAGUACGCUGCUCAUUUAUUAGUUUCUAAAGACUUUAUCUGAAACAUCAGAUUUAGACUGUCAACUGUAAGCAUUUUAAGAAAAAAAUUCACACCAACUCCUACAAUAAUCAUUUACGCAUUCAAUGAAAGCUACGUUCUUGUUACUGCUUUCAUUUUGCUCUAUGCAUUUACCAUAAUUUAAUGAUUUUUGUUUCGUUUUGUUUUUUAUUUCCGUUUCUAUUUGUCAGGGUUCCCAUUUCAGCGCGGUCGAAUUCACAUGCCCCACAUACCAUCUUUGGGGUACUCUCAUUGCGAAGCUGUUCGUUUCCGACCGUUUGUAUUCUAUCCUGACAAACCUAUCCAAGUACAGAUAACUGUCAAUCACAUCGAUACCAGUGACAUGACAUAUGUCCACGAUGCUGCUGUGUCGUGGAUUGAAGAUGUAAGUUACGAGCAAUUCACUGGGUGCGUGAUGGCGGCAGGGUAUAACGAGCGCAAGUCCAGUGCUAAUGUGUCCAUAGACUGGAUAGCGUAUCAGGGAGCUCCAGUGGGUGGGGUCACUGGAGAGGUGCGCAUGUCACAGUGGUGGACUGGAACGACUUGUAAGACCGUGAGUUUCCCUUCGGUAAGUCAGUAGAUCUUUUCAAAACGCAUACCUACUGCUUAACUGCUUCUGACUACGACGACGACGACGACGACUAACAGUAUCACUCGCUAUCAAUACCCCUACCGGGCUUCCAUCAGAGGUCUACCAUGAAAAUAUAAAGCCAAUACGUGACUUUUUCAUAAUAAAUUUUCUGGAUAGUUCAUUGAAAAAUUGUUUAAAAGACCUCUUUGGCUCGCAUAUUUUGUUUUCCCAUUUCAGACUACGAGAGGUUACCUCAUCAGAACUAUUUUUCUUUUUUUCAAAUGUCGUCCUUUUCACUAGUGCAUAUGUGUGCAUAACGUUGUGAUCUUUAUUGUGAAAACAAGAAUGCAAGCUGUAAAGGUCUAUUUCCCUCACAUCAAAGGUCAAUGUUUUACUAGUUUUGUAAGUAACGUCAAAAAAACUAUCGGAUUAUGAGACAAAUGGACUAGAUUAUUUAUUGCUCGGAUUUGUAAUGCAAGCUACACUUCAACCCAGAGAAGUUACCAGAUAUUAGAAGAAAGGGCUCAAGGUCUGUUAUAUGAGACGGUGUAUGAAAUGACACGGACCAUUUUGUCAAGAAAAGUAGCAGUUAGACGCCAUCAAAGCGUAUUUUGCUUUACCUCAUUGCCUGUUUUUCCUAUACCAUCCUCGGAGACCCAGGGGCAGUCAGUCGGGUCGGGAGAAAAGGCGGGACGAAAGUUUUCAUUACGGGCGAAAGAGCCCCUGGGUACUGACUCUCAACGGACCAUUUCCAAAAAUUCAAGCGGAUGCCGGCUCCUGAUUGGGUAAAAAAAAUGCUUUGUAUUAUUGUGCCCAAUCGGCUAACACAUCUCAAUGAGUUCUUUUCGUGUGUUCUUACAUGACGGCUAUUGUCUCGAUCGCGGCUUGUCUGUUGUAGCUUAUGCACCAAAGAAAUGCACGCAGUCAGGAAACUUUCAGUUUGAUAUAAAAUCCCCAUCUGAUCCAACUCGCUUACUUUGACAAAUGCAAGCGAACUCUUCUGAACCAUAUCAAAGUUCAUGAAGAGAGAAUGAAUUUUGUUAUUGCUUGUUUACGUCCUUCACGAAACGUGAAAUUUGGCAUUUUCACGAGUAGUCGUGCAGUUGACGGCAAAGAAAUGUACAAAAAAGCGUGAUGCACGUGCAAAGUUGUUGUUUAGCCUUGUCAAGCUGUUACUCAUUUGAAUUUCUCAUCGCCGCUGCAUCUUAAUUGUGAUCCGUCAAAAACAGAAUAUUCUCGGGGCAAAUUCAGUUGCUCUUGCUGAUAGUAACCCACACGUUUAUUCAACUCAUCGGUAGUUCCUUUGUUUCUGGUUAGGAAAGUAGAAAAUAAAAGUUUCCCUUGUACGCACAAGUUUGGUGAACGAACCGGGCAAGUGUGGCGAGACAAUAGCCGUCGUGUACAAACUCACGAAAAGAAGUCAGGAGAAAUUGUUCGCCGAUUGGGCACAAUAAUGCAAAGCAUUUUUUGUGCCCAAUCAGGAGCCGGCAUCCGCUUGAAUUUUUGGAAAUAGUUCGGUGAGAGUCGGUACCCAGGGGAUCUUCCGCCCUUACUUGAAAACUUUCGUCCCGCCUUUUUUUCCCGACCCGACUGACUGCCCCUGGGUCUCCGAGGAUGUUCCUAUACUUAAUUUUAUACCAUUUUCCAAUCAGGGCAAGUUUUCAAAGGAUCCUUCAGUGUUUGUUACCGCAGAACAUCACCGUGCCGGACUGAAGAGAGACGCCGCCAGUAUUUGGUUAGAGGACAUCACACAAUCUUCCGUCAAAAUAUGUUUACGGGAACUGCAAAAUUACGCUGGCUCCCACGAGGACAUUUAUGUUGUAAGCAUUUAGGAUAAUUUCAUCACAACUUAUAAAUAUAAUUACUGAUUCAGUUUGAGUUCGAGAUAGAUUGAGAAUUAGCUCUGAGGUUAGGACCUGGACAACCAAGAUCCCUUUCGACCACUUUAUAGUCACCGUAAAAGUGUAAAAAAUGGGUAAAACUGUAACUAAACGAUUUAUUUGAAGGCGCGUUUUCUCAAAUGGGAACUAAAUGGUAACUAAUUGGAAGAAUUCAUGUACAUAAAUGAAUAAAAAAGAUUAGGCUUGUAUCAAAGUCUUCCUUUCAUUUCUACCCUGCUUGAGUGAAAUAGUGUUUUUAACAUCAAAAUGUUCGCGCGUAAUUGGGGGUAUCAACCUUUAACCUCUGACGUCACAGUUUGUUGCUGUUAACAACUGAUAAGUCAGGCCUUUUUAGUAACAGUUUCCAUAUGAAUAUAAGGACUAGUUCGACGAUGACCUCCAAACAAGGAAAGUCACGUGACACUUCGUCCCACUUCCACUAAUUGAAAAUGCUCGCCUAAUUUGGUCAAAGUUUGCAGCUUCAGCUUCAAAUUAUUUGUUACCGUGUACAUGUCCGUACGCGUCUUAGUGAAACGUUCAUCUUACAGCGCGUAUGCCUGAAGAGAGGCAGGGACCAACUCUAUUUGUCCCUUUAAAGAGAUGCCCGUCUUAUAUAGAAAGUCAAAUACUAUGAUUGGAGAACAACAGGGACCAACUCUAGGUGCCCGUUUUGGGGAGGUGUCCGUCUUGUAGAGAGUCAAAUGAUAUGACUGAAGAACGGCAGGGACCAACUCUAGGUUUCUGUUUUAGGGAGGUGUCCUUCUUACAGAGUACAGAGUCAAAUACUGCUGAGGAACGGCAGGGACCAAUUCUUGGUUACCGAUUUAGGGAGGUGUCGGUCUUAAGUCAAAUACUGAAACUGAAGAAUGGCAGGGACCAAAUGCAACUCUAGGUUUCUGUUUUAGGGAGGUGUCCGUCUUACAGAGUCAAAUACUGUAACUGAAGAACGGCAGGGACCAACUCUAGGUGCCCUUUUUAGGGAAAUGUUCGUCUUAUAGAGAGUCAAAUAAAUUAUAACGACAGAGGAAAGGCAGGGGUCAGCUCAAGGCGUGUCCGUUUUAGGGAGGUGUCCUUCUUAUACAAAUUUGAAUAGUAUGACUGAAGAACGGUAGGAGCCAACUCUAUAGGUCUCCGUUUAGCGAGGUGUCGCUGUCUUUUAAGGGUGUCCUUUAAAGAGGGAGUUGACUGUAUUAUUUUGAAAUUCAUUUUGUUUUAGAACUGGCUGGCGUUUUCUUCACUUCACAAGCCUCUUUUUGCAGAACACGAUUCUGUUUAUUUUGCAAACUCUGGGAUUCCUCCAGCUGAUCAUAACAAUGCUUUCUGCGAGGUCAGUUAUCACUGUCUCAUGUCUAUCAUUCCGUAACUGAUUUACCUGUCUGGCGACUGAUAAACAUGAAAGUAUCUUUUUUUUAACUUGCUUUUUUUAAAUUAUUUUUUAGGAUAUUCACUUUAUCAGGGUGUACAAUAUUACCCCGACUAUCUUCGUGUCAGCGAACCAUACAUCUACUGGUGGAAAUCAGGACCCCAUGCACAAUUCCAUUACUACUUGGGUUGAGGUAAAUUGACAGGAACAACCAAGCCAACAUUAAAGAAAUGAAUUUACAAAGGACACAAGCUGAGGCAAAAAGAUACAAGAAAUUACAUGUAACAUGCAUGACUUGCCGACAUAGGAAAAGGAAGCUUACUAUUCAGUUUUAUACUCAGGCUUUUUAGGCCCACGAUAAACAUUUAAACGUCACAAAAUAUCUCUGGCUGCUUACUUGACCAAACUACGCCGUAUAGUACGAUCGACUGCCAAGAAUUGCUAUGUCCCCAAAUGGCCGCCAUUUUGGAUUUGUCAUCUUAUGUUUGCAAAAUUGAUAUGGGAAUAUUUUUGCAAACGGAUCAUUAAAACUUAACCCUAAAAUUCUCAAUUUGCAACUGUGCUCAUAAACUCGGUUGCCACAGCAGCACAUACAAUUGGAUGUAAACAAAACAUGGCGCUAAAAAUGGCUGUGAAGGUAACAGAAUUUGGUGGUUGUAGCUGUUGAAAGUCUGAGCACGUUCGGUCGCCUUCUACUCUCCCCUUUCGGUCUGGACAGAGUUGAAAAUGUUUUACUAUAUAUUCUUACUUGUUGCUGUUGUUUUUGGUUGUUUGUAGUAUAAUUUGUUAUUCUUUAUAUAAAAAAGCCUUAUCAAAGUAUCGCAGAAGGCACACACAACUCUUCCAAAUUACCUGGAUCAAUAGAGCGAACGUUUUUGUCGUCAAUCGACCGUGGCGACCGUUGUAAGAGGCCAAAAUCACAUGCAGCUCAAUUAUGUUUUUUUUUUCAGUACAUUAACACAACAGGGGCCCGAGUUUGUUUAAAAGAACUGUACGAAUCCAAGUAUGACCCGCUUUCCGUAUCAUACACUGUAUUGUCAGGUAAGAAGUGGUGGGUUUCAGAAGGGAGUGUACAUGAAUCACUAGCGGGGAGAUCUACUCAAAAGUCUAAGUCAAGGGUCAAAAGAUAUUGACCCUCCCUUAAAUUUGGGUUUAGAAACUCUAACCCCGCCCAAAACGUAGGUCAAAACAUCAUGAACCUCCCUUGAGAAAGCUUCUUUUUCAAUCAGUUAUUUCACUCUAUCUAUUAUUGAAAUCAAUUUGGAUACACUGUGUAACACACUGUCGAUAGCGAUCACCUAUUUCUGACUUCGCGAUCACCUAUUUCUAAGUUCGCACUUGCAGCGUAAGUAGUGUUCUAAAAUUAAGAAAGUGCACAUCUGAGUAAACCAAUUUGUUAAAAACUGUUAAAAAAUAGGAUGUUCGUGCAUUAACUGCAUUAACAAAAGCUGCCAAUAAUGCAUCGGGGAAUCGUCCAAGCUUUGGCUUCUUUAAUUUACUAUCUUGCGAUUGGCAAAAUAGAAGAAAAUUUGAAAGUUCUUCCUUUCAUGGCGAGCCGCAAGCCUUAGCGACCGAAAUAUGGGGGAAAAUUUGUCCCCCAUCUGACCAGGAAGCCAUUGUUUAAAUUCAGCCAAGCAUAGACCGUUGACAGCUUGAAACCAUACUUGAGGUGAAAUGGGAAUCUCCUUUCGUGACCUCCUACUGAAGCUUUAUUCGACAUAUCUUUCAACGGAUCAUUUUAGCAGACACUACAGAAAUAAUAAAACUGAGCUGAUGAGACGAAAACAACUAAAGAAAAGAACCUGGUGAAGUAAAAAUCACUCCGAAACAGCGCACCACUCGGAAAACUUGCGGCGGUGUAGAGGAGUUUUGCACAAAUUAUUUAACCGGGGAUACCUCAGAAUCAACAUGCAUUUAUUUACCACAAAUGAACGAACUGCAGCGAUUUAAAUAAAUUUGAUUGAAUUUAAAGUAUAAAUUUAAAUAAUUUUCAUUGUAGCUUUUUCUGGGGAGCAGAAUUUAAAUCGGGACUAUUCCCUUUUUUUGAGAAAAGGCCGGUGAAGUUUUCUAUUUCAUCCUGUUCGCGGCGUAAAAAGGCUCUUAUAUUUUUCUUAUAAUAAAAAAACUUGUAAGGUCACCUAUAUGAUGUUCAUUAAUUAUGACUGAAACCAUUUAUUUCGUUCAAAACGGACUUGCGAGCCAUAACCAAUAAAAACCAAGUUCCCUUGCAUUAAGCGAAGGCGACACACCCGAUCGCUUGCUUUUUCAGGCGACUCACCCAAAAGAGCACGUGCAGACGGAACUUUGGUCAUUGUUUUGAAUCCGAAGAAUAAGUUCAAUUGCGAAUUUUACAGCGUCUAGUUGAAAGGCAAUUUUAGCAAUCCCCAAACAAAAUAAAAACAUAUUUGGCAAGACGUUUCAAAAACUAUUUUUCAAGCUUCCUUGGCCGCCUCGUUCUUUACAGAAAGAUUCAUUAAAUAUACACGUUUUACAAAGUCUUCUUGCACUAAGCGAAGGCGACUCACCCGAUCGCUCGCUUUUAAUCAGGCGACACACCCAACAUAAAAGGCACGUACAGAAUACCCUGAACCAUGUACAUUUUAUGAAUCUGUUUUAGUUUCGGUGAAUUAAAGCUCUCUGGCUGUUAAUGAAAAAUAAUAGAGACCGUACGCGUUCUUGCAGUGGUGUUUUUUUGAAAAACAAAUAGGGGGGAACCAAUCAACUAAAAUUCAUUUCGAUUCCCCGGUAAAAAUUAUAGAAAAGAAAAAGGAAGCUGCUAAGAUUCAGAGACUUACAAAUAACGAGCAACACUCAACCCUUCUCUGUGAAGUACAUUUAGGACGGUAGGGGUAUGGGUAACACGAGCAUGUGUUAUUUUUAACGCGUUUUAGUCACUCAUUUCGUUGUUGAUCAAAAUCAAAAGCUUUUGUGAGGUUUAUACUUCGAAUAUCCCUUAUUUAUGGUUUUGUAGCACAAUUUGCCACCAGUGGGAGUCCGUUGGCCUAUCCGAUAUACUACUAGGAAAACGAUUGUUUUCAUAGGCAGUGAACGCAUGCAACAAUGCAAUACUACGCAUAAUUACAGACUACAAGAUAAUUUUCUCAUUAAUUCAAACAAAUUAAAGAUCUGAGCAUGUAACAACAACUAUAAAUCGCACUGGAUCAUGAUGUAGCAUUUAAACUUCGGCAACAAGCAAAACAGCUGUAAAAAGAUAAAAUAUGUGGCAAUUUGGCCGCUAAGUGUGUACGCGUGUAUUAUGAAACACGGAUGUCUGCAAUUUUCAACACAUUCCAUUGUUUAUAGAGAAAACGUAGCGCGAAAUUAAUAAUAAAGAAGCUUCUCGACUUUUUUAUAAGGGUACUUCUUGCAGUAACACAAAAUUGCCUCCAGUGGAAGUUGCGCUGGGCCUGUUUCUUCCUAAACACUGUACGUACGAUCACUCACGAGCGCGCCACAUUAAAUUUGGCGGGCAUUUAGGAGGUUUUGGCGCGGAUAUGUUCGAGGCAGAAAUAAAUAAAUUAAAGGAAAAGAAUCGAACAUUGUCCUUACCUUCAAGGCGUCUUACGAUUAAGCAAGUCAUAAAAAACCAGAAUUAAUGUGUCGCUAGGUAAACCUACUGAUUUAAGGCUGAAAUGGCCUCGCUUCUGAACCAAUGUGACGAAGGAAGGCUGGCCAUCUCAGUUUGAACUCUGCUAACCUGUUCGAUCUGUUAAAAUUUUCUUUCAAAUACCAACAAGCUUGUAAGGGAAAUGAGUUUGAAUCAACACAGAAAUUCUCGACCGGGAUACCGUAAAAAAGAAUCCAUACAAUGAUGGCUUGAUCGGGAUGAUCCGAUCCGGAGAAUAGUUGAAUAGACCGCGCUCGACUAUAUUUACCCCGGCUAAUACUGUUUUAACCAUAUUACCAGACAGUUGCGAAAUUUAGGAUUGUUUCAUCGCCUCUGUGAAAAUCACUAUCGAUGACAGCCAGUCGGACCCCUGCUAACCUGCACGAGAUCGGAGGUAAAAUUAUAACAGGAAAUUGAGCAUAGCAACCGUCACUCAACGUAAUUAGUAAAGGGACUUUAUGCGGCUCCUCAUGUUUCAAUUUGGAAAUUUUCCAGACAGUCUCCGUCCCUAUUAUGAAACCACUUUGCGAUGCAUAAUAAGCUUACAGACAAAAUAGACAUACUUGUUUGUAGGUUAAGGUGCCAAAACGUGAGGCGGCUAUCCCAUUUCAUCGCCUCACUCAAGACAUAUGUACGCAUUAUUUUUCCCACAACCACAAUGGUUAAUAAGGACCAACAUAUUUUGGUACUCCACGGAUUGCACACAGAGUUGUUUUAAGGCUUAUGAACUGAAUAUGGGUUAGCAUGUAUGAGAAAUGGAACUGGUUCCCGAAAAGGAUUCAGUUUAUUCUGUGUCCUCAAAAUUCUAGAUAUUUGCCAAACAGGAUGGAGUUACUUUGGCGGUUAUUGCUACUUCACAAGUGCCGCAUGCUCUUCUUGGAUGACCGCAGAAGCAAAUUGCUCAACCAUGAGUUCAAAUCUGGUGACAGUGCACAACCAAGAGGAAAAUGUUUAUAUUCAACACCGUCACAAUGGAGACAGAUCCUGGAUUGGACUCAAUGACCGAAGGGUGGAGGGCUCCUUUGUGUGGACAAACAAAGAGAUAAGUAGUUUUAGGUUCUGGGCUCCAAGACAACCCAACAACUGGAAAAACGAAGAUUGCGUUCACACCCUUGGCGCCAGGCAUGGUUACACUUGGAAUGAUGUGCCUUGUCAUAACUGCUACAACUACACUUGUUUUACAGGUUAGUAAGGUAUUGUUUGACAUCAAAAGGAAACUAUCCUGGAUGAAAAAAAAAUUCUGUGCUUAACUGUUUUAAGAGCACCACGUAGAGCUUUCGGUUUCCAGUCUGAAUGCCUUGAAAGCUAAAAGACGAGUAGUAGUUUUGCGAAACUACAGGCUGGAAGGCGAAAGCUUAAUGUUCUACUCCAAACUGAACAGUCAAUUUUGCAGAAAACCUUUUUAUGCAGAAUAAUUUCUUAUAGGAGAUAAACUUGAAAAAUGGUAAUGUGUUGACUCUGCCAUUUUCAAAAGAGCCAAAGCAUACAUGCGCAAGAGUAAAACAAAUUUGUAAAAACGCGUUGAAAAGUUUUUCUUAACAGCAUGCAUGUGGGUUUGAUUUGUUGAAGCUUUGCUCGCGUCACUGCGCUUAGAUGAGUGUACAAUUAACUUCCAUACUUGUGACGUCAAUGCUGCUUGUCAAAAUACCGCGGGCUCAUACACCUGUUCAUGUAAAGCCAGAUUUACGGGAGAUGAAAAAACAUAUUAUGGAAAGAAUAUAAUGAAAAAAAUGCCAGUUCAAAGUAUCUUGGCACUUAAAAUAAUUUUUCAAAGUUGUGUUAUUAUGUUAAAUCUUCACCAAACAUAUACAUUUUUAUUAGACAGCAGUUACACCUGAAUGGUACACAAACAUAAAAUCAUAUUUCAUAUGAGUAUUUUUGAGUAAGAUGUAGAAGAGUGUUCUGACAACGCUUAAUGCUGGGAUUUCAAAGAUUUGUGUCAAAUACCCCAGCUUUAUAUUGUAUUCUCGCGCAAAUUUAAUGUUUUUAUGCAUACAUGACUUAAAAAUAUACAGCUAUUUCGAAAGGGUGGUUUUGAAUUCACUGUUCUUCAAAAAAGUUUGAAAGAAUGACACAAGGGAACAUGGACGUACGUUUGCGAGUGCUAGAGGAAAGUAACAAAAGUAGGUUCGACAGCUACAAUGUCAGGAACAGUGUAUUGAUCAUAUGCCAUAUUACCUUUCGGGAUUGCUUUUCGCGUGCACAUUUUUUCCGAUAAUCUUUCUCGAAAUAGUUGUAUAUACAAUCAGAACAAAUACUGCUUACCUCCAUCCAAGGCCAACUAAAACUAUUCCCUGAUAAAAACUUGAUAAAAUUGCACUAUUAUCCAAGUAAGGACGCAUAGAAGUGGGAAAUACUUUUCUCUAAGAUAACACUGGUGAUGAUAUUUUACCCAAUAUAAAAGGUUUAAACUGUAAAUGCCCUGUUGCCCAUACGUGGAAACAAAAAGCAAUUGGAGACAUUUCCAGAGGCUUUGGUUACGUUACAGGAAGGUUUCGUCGUUUUUUUUAAUUAUUUUUCUCUCGCCCUCAUUAUCUUUAUUUUUUUGUUGUUGUUCCGAUAGAGUGAAGUUUUUAAAAUUUGGAAGACAAGAACAGGUCUUUUGAAGAAUUUCUUAACAAGCCUUUGCUUGGUUCUAGACUUAGAUGAGUGUACUACCAACUCUCAUAUUUGUGACGUCAACGCUGUUUGUCAAAAUACUGCGGGCUCACACACCUGUUUGUGUAAGGCAGGAUAUACAGGAGAUGGAAAAUCAUGUUAUGGUAAGUUAGAAAAUGAAAAAGAAAAUGCCAGUUACAGAAAUCGAAGGUUUGUCGGUUUUCUCUUCAAUUAAUUUAUUUUAAGAUCAUAUUAUUACUUAUCCUUCCAUCACAAAAGACCUGCACAAGAAAGUCAUAUGGCACAUUUUGAGAACCGGUUUUAUUAUAUUUUCUCUUGCCCACAUUAUCACUAUUUGUUUGAUGUCGUUGUUGUUGUUUUUCCGAUCGAGUGAAAAUUUUAAUUAGGUAGCUCCGGCUUUUCAAAAAACACCUGCACAUGAAAUUUAUAUAGUACAUUUUGAGAACUGGUUUUAUUAUAUUUUCUCUUGGUCUCAUUAUCUAUAUUUGUUUGUUGUUGUUCCGAUCGAGUGAAAGUUUUUAAAAUUUGGUAACUCCGGUUUUUCAAAAAUCACAUGGAAGACAAGAAAAGGUUUUUUGAAGAAUUUCUUAACUAGCCUUUGCUUGGUUCUAGACUUAGAUGAGUGUACUACCAACUCUCAUACUUGUGACGUCAAUGCUGUUUGUCAAAAUACUGUGGGCUCACACACCUGUUCGUGUAAGGCGGGAUAUACAGGGGAUGGAAAAACAUGUUAUGGUAAGUUAGAAAAUGAAAGAGAAAACACCAGUUAAAAGUGUUUACUUAACCAAGUAGUUUUUGGCUAAGAGCUUCUAUAAAACAUACCAGACGGAAGUUACAGAUAAAUGAAAACCUAACGUGACAUAUUAUCGCACGUUUUUAGAUGUGGACGAGUGUUCUAGCAAUGAUCACAGCUGUGAUAUCAACGCAGUGUGCACAAAUACCCGAGGAUCGUAUUCCUGUGCAUGCAAACCAAAAUAUACAGGAAAUGGUACAACAUGUGUACUUGGUAAGGACGUACUCUAUAUUUUAUACAUAGGCCACCUGAUUCACCAAAGUUCCAAAAAAUGCAAAGAUGAGUUUAUAUAAAAAUUCAACAACUAGUACUUAUUGAAAUAACACCAUCAUCUUGACAAUAUUGAGUUUACGCAACAGAACGGCAGGAAGAAGAGGAGGACGGCGAAACGCUCGAGUGAGACAAACAUGACAGGGCUAUUAAUCACGUGUUUUGUCGUGAUCUUCACUUAACCUUAGUGCUUCCUGGUCUUUUACAAAAAGAUCUGAUCAAAGGAAAGUGAAGUUCUGCGAAGAAUUCUUUCAAACAAUAUUAUUGCCAGGCUUAUCUUGCCACACAAGGUUUGCCCUCCCACCCACCACCCCGCCCCAUUGACUCUUCUUCCCUCUCCUGUUGUGCAAGUUCACUAUUAUCAACAUGGGGACUGUAAUUUAUGCAGGAAAUAUACCCCAAAGAGAUCGAUAAUAAAUGAUAAUUUAACCCGGGGCCCAUGGAUGGGAGAGCGUACAGCAGUAUUUCUCAUAAAAGAGCUUAGGUGUGAGUAACACUUUCUGCUGAGAUAAGUUUGGGCAGGAUGAUACUUUGUUCAGUUGUUUUAAGAAGUUACACACUCAUUCCAAAGGCUUCAAUACAUGAAGAUACAGUCAAACAACCGCUCCGCACUCAAAAGUCACAAGUCACAUUCCCUUUUUUUAAAUAAAAUUAUGUCAUGAUCAGGGACCGCGGAGGGGGAGGGGCUGGUAGGGCCGCGGCCCCACCACUUUUUUGCGCCCCCGACCCCACUUUUUGCCCUAAAAAGAAAAAUAAUUAAAAUAAAAAAAAGACUUGAAACAAGGUUUUUUUCCGUCUAUAUUCCGCUAUAUUCCCUGUAUUUUCUUUAAUUUCAAACGCCAGGCAUUUUGUGGGGCUCCUGUGCUUUUCGCGGUAAUUGUGCCCUGGGGCCGACUUGCCCCUUGAUCAAACUCCAUGGCCACCCCUUCGCUUCGUUCGGCAGCGUGUUUUGUACUUCCAGCUCUGGCAGAGUUUUUUUUAUCAGUUUUAUAAGACGAAAUGAAGAAAAUUACUAGCUUUUUCAAGCCAAACGAAGCUGAGUAGUUGUUUUGAGUUGAUAAAAGUUUUAUAUUUUGUCUUUCUCCUUUCGAAUCAAUGAAAUAUUCGACGGCAAGAAGAAUUACAUUACUUGAACAGUGAACGCCUGAACAGCCAUAGUUAGAAAUUUUUCAGAUCACUUCAGUGUAGUAUUUUCUAUACUAAAAUUGUAAUCGCGUCUUUUCUUGCAUUGAAUCUGAACUGACCGUGUAUGUUGGUCGUUUAUUGAAAAAUUAUUUUCAAUUGUCAGCCCUCCCACUUUUCACCUUGCUCCGCGGUCCCUGAUGAUAGUACUGAACAAAUAUAUUAUGCUUACUCUUGCUUCAAACUCAAUCCUAUGUACAUUUGUACCGAUGGUUCUUUGAGCCUUUCGCUUUACAAAAUGAGCCAAGCCCAGUUGUUCAAAAGGUGGAUAACGCUAUCCACUGGAUAAAUGAUCUCUAUCCGGUGGAUAGCGCAAUUUUUUUUCGUAAUGCUUAUCCGGCGCUGGAUAGUGAUUUAUCCGGUGAAUAGCGUUAUCCAACGCUUGAACAACUGGGACCUGGAGUGUAAAAAAGCCAUGUAACAUCGGCAACGCCCUAGAAGAAUUGCCACAAAGUAAGUGAGUUAUAACGAUUUUAAAACUAAUAUAAUUAUCAUUAUGAAACUUCUUUGCAAUACUAACCAGAAAAACAACGCUGUACUUACCCUAAAAGGCCAAUUACAGAAACAAAUAUACAGUGUAAGUUAGUAACCAAUAUGACGAAAGCUUUAUUUUUUUUAUUCUUUAUUAUUAUUUUAAAGAGACGCUAUAACUAAUGUUGUUCAUCAAUUAAGUAUUGGUGAUUGUUGAUAAUUUUUAGAAAUGUUCAAUGGAUCGUCUCCUUUUUUCGGCACCAUUCAAAGCUGUUUUUACAAACCUUGGUACAAG